AAGCACUAGGCUAGGCUAGGCUUGGGCUAGUUGGCAACAAUAAACAGCACGUUGCCUGUGUGGAUGUGUGAAGUGUGAAUGUGUGUGUAUGUGUAAACGUUGAUACAUGCAGAUACUGGUUUUUUUUUUUUUUACGCCUAGGCCUCGCUGGCUCUACGGCCCAUCAUCACCGGCAUUGUUCACCCAACAAGGUCCAUGCUCCCCUUUUCUCUCCCUCUACCUUUCUCUCUCACCUCCGUCUCCAUGGUCGCACAACGAGCGAUUCGAUUCCCCACAAACAGAACUACAUCUACUAUCUUUUAUCUGUCUUGACUUUUAUCACGUCUUGCAUCUUUUUUUCCCCUCUCUUGUUUUCUUCUCGCUUCAGUACGCAGGCAUGAUGGAUGUUCAACAUGAUCUCAAUCCUUCCUUCCUUCCUUUUUGUUUUCACGCAUCUCUCCUUCGCCAACCCUUUUCUGUUUGUCUUUUCCGCCUGUCUCUUGAUAGCGAGGAACAUAACGGGUAUAAUAAAGACAAAAUAAAAAUAAAGGGAUGGCUGCAUGAUCAAGUUGCGUGUACAGCACCUAACCUUGUGUACCCGUCCAUCACAGUUUUCUUCUCUCCCUUGUCUCUAUUCUUUUUGCGUUUUGUCUUUGUCAUUCUGUGUCUUCAUCGCCCAUGCCCAUGCCCACGCCUACUGCUUACCUACCUCUCUCACAAGAUCCAGUCUAAUCUUUUUUAACCCCUGUUACAAUCCACAUCGCACAUCGUACACCGUACAUCGCAUAUCUCACAUCUUAGCCUCGCCGAGAACAAUUGAUUCCUUUCCUUCCCCCUCAGAUACCCCAA